CCGCGCGUCAGAAGACUCUUGUCCCUCGGCGCGCUCCAUCCGAGGCGGGAGUUGCUUGCUCGCUUGCCGCCGGCUGUGCGCGGAGAGCCGGGCCGGGCCGCUGAGGGGGUGUGACGCCUCGGCCUUCCCUCCGCUUCUUCCAUGGCCUUCCGACGGGUCGUGGCGGUCACAGCCGCCGCCGCGUGCGGCUUGGCGGGCGGCUCGGUGCUCUUCUCGGCGGUGCCGGUGGCCAAACAGCAAGUGGACAAGGCCGGCGGGGGCGAGAACCGUUUCGCGGAGCCGGCGCUCUCCUCCUCGUCGGGCCCGCCGCCUCCGGGCCUGCUGCUCCUGCCUUCGCCGGCCGCCUCCCUCUCCGCCGCCCCCGCGCCCGCCUGGCUCGAGAAAACCAACGGCUGCGGCUUCUGGGACAGCAACUGGGACAGACGAGAACCCUUGGCCCUGAUGAACCUAAAGAAGAAAAACCAAGAGACUGGAGAAGAGGAGGUCUCUGCUCGCUUGUCCCACUACAAAGCGAAAGCCACCAGACACAUAUUCCUCAUACGCCACUCUCAGUACAAUACAGAUGGGCAAAAUGAUAAAGAUCGGAUCCUGACACAGUUGGGCCGUGAGCAGGCUGAGUUUACGGGGCAAAGGCUUGCCAGCUUGGGACUGAAAUUUGAUAAAAUUGUACAUUCUUCUAUGACCAGAGCAACUGAGACCACCAACAUCAUCAGUAAACAUCUUCCUGGGGUGACAAAAUCAAGCACAGAUUUGCUGCGUGAAGGAGCACCAAUUGAACCAAAUCCUCCCAGCUCUCACUGGAAACCCGAAGCCGUGCAGUAUUACGAAGACGGGGCCCGCAUUGAAGCUGCAUUCCGAAACUACAUCCACCGGGCCGACGUAAAGCAGGAAGAGGAUAGUUAUGAAAUCUUUGUUUGUCAUGCCAAUGUCAUCCGUUACAUAGUUUGCAGAGCAUUGCAGUUCCCUCCAGAAGGCUGGCUUCGGAUCUCCCUCAACAACGGCAGCAUCACCCACUUGGUGAUCCGUCCGAGUGGCCGAGUGGCGCUUCGGAUGCUUGGGGACACAGGGUUUAUGCCUCCAGAGAAAAUCACGCGCAACUAAGGGAGCCUUUCUGGAGCGCUCUGUGUCAGUACAACUGUGGUAUAGGCUUCUGGCUCGGUGGGAUAUGGGGUUUCCCAAUGCUAAUCAACCAAUGCCUACUCCCCCCACAUCCCUGCUUUAUUUGUAUGUAAACAGGAAGGUUUUUCAGCCAAGGGGGGGGGCCCUUUUGCAAUGUAACUUUGAACUUGCCUGAUUUGCAGCAAUAGUUAAUGGAAGGAAGAUCCUAUUGAGACAGUCUUACCUAUUGAACUUUUUUGGCUGUAAUAGGAAAACAGCUGUGGCUUCUAAACAAAGUCUAUUCCUGUGUGUAGAGGGCCUCCCCCCCUUCUGUAGGAAGAAGAUAAAACUUGCAGGCUCAGAAAACAUUUAUCAGAAAUACAAACAUUUUGAUACCCAGAUAUUAAGGCUGUAUUGUGGGCAGGAAGUAUUUCACCCUCUAGAUAUUAGACUACACACUCCAUCAGCCACAGCCAGCCUAAAUAAAUGAAAAGGAAUGCUGGGGAUUGCAAUCCAGUGCCGUCUGGAACAGGGUCAGCAACUGCACUGCAAAUGCCAUUCAAGUGUCGAGAAGUUAAACCUUAGGCUGUGAUCUAACUAUACCAAGAGGCUGGGACCCUCCUGAUGCAAGCCAAAAAUAGUUGUUUCCAAGCUGAAGAGAGAUUCUUCCUGGACAUAGAAGUUCCUUCUCACUAAUCUAAGACCAACUUGAUCACUCCAGUAUCUUUGCAACGAUGAACUGUUAGAACCACCUAGUCCUUUUUCUCACCCUCUUCCUGGGAGAAGAAACCUCUGGGGAUGCUUAGGUGCUAAUUGUAAUGAAUUUAGAAGUGGGGCUUCCAUGACCAUAAGAUCCUUCCGUCCUCAAGGGAAAUGGUGGUGGUCUUUUUAAAUCAAUACGCAAAAGAAGUUAUGACAAAAUGUCGGGAGAAAUAAAUGUUUUGACUUUCACAAAGCUUCCUUGAUAUUAAACUUCCUGGAAAGGCUA